UAUUCCGAUUAGAGAAUUACUCCUUAUUAAAAAGAAAAACUGCAAUGCGACUGAUAUUUCUCAUUUCCUUUUUAUACCCAAAGCAGAAGAACAUAAAGGAAAGAAAGAAAUCUGCAAAAGGAUUAGAGAGAAAAGAAGCUGAAAGAAAAAAGGGUUAAUAGUAAUACCAAAGCCCCAUAAAAAGUGACACUUUUGUAAGCUUUUCAAAGUGCGUAUGUUAUGAGGCGAUUCUCCACAAAUUGAACUCAAACCAAAACUUGUCAACAUUACCUAUGCAUCUUUGCAAAUGGCGUCCGCUGGUUUCUUCACCUGUAUGCUGUUGGCGUUGUUUAUUGGGAUAUGGCCAUGUCAUGCUCAAAACGUCACUCUUUCAGUUUACUACGAAACUCUCUGCCCUUAUUGCUCUGACUUCAUAGUCAACCAUCUGGUCAAGCUCUUUCACAGCCGACUCUUUUCCAUCGUCAACCUCAGGCUGGUUCCAUGGGGCAACGCUGUUUUGCAAAGUAACGGCUCCUUCCUUUGCCAGCAUGGCCCAGAAGAAUGCCUCUUAAAUACUAUUGAAGCCUGCACCAUCUCAGUAUAUCCUAACGAGGAGCAGCAUUUGAGUUUCAUCCUCUGCCUUGAGCGUCUGGCCUCAGCCAACGAGCUGAAUGAGUGGAUUAAUUGUUUUAAUACGACUGGAUUGGCCACAGUUCCCAUUGAUUGCUAUAAAAGUGGCUAUGGAAAUGUGCUUGAGAACCAGUAUGCUGCUGAAACUGCUCAGCUUGAUCCACCACAUAAGUUUGUGCCAUGGGUGCUUGUUGACGGUCAACCUCUACAAGAGGACUUCAAGAAUUUCGUCACCUACGUCUGCAAUGCAUACAAGGGAGAACAAGUGCCCGAGGCUUGCCACCCACUUCCACUAAUGAACAAUUCAUUGAAAAAGGCGUCGUUGCUGAGUGCUGAUACACCAUACUCUAUCACUUGGUUACUGAUUUAUGGGAUUCACUUUAGCUUCUCCUUCUCCUUGCUUUAAUUGAAGAAUAACCAUUGCUCUUUGAGUGCAUUUUGACUA